GCUCGAAUAUCCAUUUCAAGGAAGAAGCUUUUGACGGAUUCCUCGAAAUCGGUUUGUGCAUUCACAUGAUUUCUACCUCUUAACACCACUGAAGGUGCAGCUCCAACUCCAAGUCCGAGCAAGCAGAAACCAGAGCGAGACGAGAGACCUUUUGUGAGGGAGAACCCCCCCCAAAAAAACAUGGCAUCAACCAGUGGUUCCGGCGAGUCCGCGACCCAGUACGACGUGUUCCUGAGCUUCAGAGGGCCCGACACUCGCAACAACUUCACCGACGUCCUCUACGGGACUAUGGUCCGCCAGGGGAUCGUUGCCUACAGAGACAGCGAAGAGCUCCACGCCGGUGACCGGAUCGACGAUCUCCUCAGAGCAGUCGGCAACUCCAAGAUCUGCAUACCGGUCUUCUCCAGAGGCUACGCUUCGAGCCCUUGGUGCCUCCGUGAGCUCGCUCGUAUGAUGGAGCUCUAUGAAUCGACCGGGAAGCCGGAGAUCCUACCCAUCUUCUUUGACGUCUCGGCCUCUGACGUCAAGCUCAAGACGGAACUGUACGUGAAGGACUUGGACAAGUACGAGCAGAGGGCCGGAGGCGACAGCAAGGAACAGUGGGAGGCGGCUCUGAGAAAAGUGGGUCAGAUCGUAGGAUGGGAAGUACAAGGGAAACCCUGAGAGACCUUGGAAGAU